ACGUUGGCAUUUUGCUUCUUCAAUUUGGCACUUUGGCGGAUGGUGUAAAAAUGAAUUUAUAAAACAUUAAAAAUAAUUACAGGGAUUAACUGAAUGAUAUUCAUAGUGUUGUUUUAAAUAAUAGUGAAGAAUAUUUAGUGAAAUAUUUCUGUAUAAUUUUGUUAUAAAAUGGCUUCACGUGGAGGUGUUAUGGUUACUGGAACGAACGGUGCGGAUUUUGAGCAUAGGGAGAAAAUAGCUGCUCAAUAUCAAAUAAGUGCCCUCAACAAAUCUCGGCUGAAGUACUGCAUGUUCUUCCAUCAUGUGUUGUUCCUGGUGAUGCUCGCCAAGUUGUCUGCUGACAUUCUGGACAAACUAGACAUAUUCAUACUUGAAAUUGAAGAGUUACAAAUACCAACGCCACUCUGGUGGGAGUACAUCUGGUGCCUCUCCCUCCUUCUCUCCUUCCUCGGCCUGUCUGCGAUCAAACGGAACAACAUCAAGCAUCUCCGCCGCUACAUGUACGGUAUCUCAGCGCUGGGCUUUGGUCCGCUGUUGUACUGCGUGGUGUACUACUGUGGUGAUGUCUGGCGGUAUCUCUCCAGGGAUGAGGACGAGGAUGACAGCAGCGAGGUUGAGAUCGAUUUGUGGCAGGGCUACCCAUACGGUCUCCUUUGGUACGCAUUUGUCCUCCUCGCGUCUCAAGUCCACUUCUUCCAACUUUACUUUUCAUAUAACCUUCUGAAGGCCUGGCGCGCGCGGGGGGCCUUAAGGAAAUCUGAUUGAAUAAUGUUCAAAGUUUUAUCGCUGCCGGCUAAGCGUACUGUCGGCUGGGAGGAUCGAGGACUCGGCUCUUUUGUGUAAGAGUAUUGAACUGAGAAUUUGAUUGGUUGUAAUAUUUAUAUAUUUUUUUUUUAACUGUUUGAAACAUGCUGUUUUCAAAGUUUCACUCAGGUGAAUAUCUUGAUUUGUAAUGUUUAGAUUGUCUAUACACCUACAUAGGUGUUUAUUUUUUAAUUUUAGCAGUGUAGCAUGUUAGUUCGAUUAACUGAUGAAAAACAAAAAUCUAGUCUAAAAUUUUCAGUUUUUUUUUUUAUUUUUGCUUGUUCCAAGAAAGAGUCUUAUGAUCUUAUCUAAUGUCAAUUUUAAUUAUAAUGACAGUAUGCUUGCUUACUGCCAAAAUAUGUGAGAAAGUUGAGCUGGAAAAAGUUUUAUGCAAAUACUUAUAUGUAUUUCACGACCAUAGUAACACCUUUUCAGUAACGAAAUACAAUAAAAGGCCUAUGUUUUUUCUAAAAUAGUUUUUAAAUACACUAAAAUAAUGUAUUUUGUAAUGAUUUAAUUACAAAGGUAAUUUUCCUUUUAUUAAAACAGCUCAAUAUAUUAAAAAAAUAAAUAAAUUAUGAACUUUAAAGAGUACUUUUUGUCUACAGUAUUGUUUGUCAACGGCUAUAAGUGAUUUUAAUCCCUAUAAGAAUGGUUAAGAAUGCCAAUAGGUAUAAUUAAUAAGAAUUUUAUUGUAAAGUUCAAAUUCCUAUUGGCAGAUUAAACCCCAAUAUAAACUGGUUCAGUUAAAAACUGAACCUUUGUAAAUAAUUUCUAAUUGAUUUUUAGUCAAAAGUACGAUAACUUUUCAUUAAGUUUAAGUUGUAAAUUAAAUGAUUUUAUCUGGGAUUUAAUUUAAAAGUUGGGAGUUCUUUUGACUAUAAAAUCUAGUAAGUUUUAAUACACAUAACUUGAACUAUUUUAGAUACGUGUUUUAGAUGUCUCAUAGGUGUAAUUUUAAAGCACAAAUGACAUUAAUAUUUUGUAUAAAAAAGUGGUUACCUAUUUACGUUAGUAAUUCUGUUUUUUGUUAAUUAUUAUUUUGAAAUUAUUAAUUUAUAAGAUUGAACGGGUUAUGGAGUUUUGACUGAAGUUUUUUGGUAGAUGUUGUUAUACCGAUUUUACAUUAGAAUUUAAGUAAUAUUCUCAGAUAAAUUUUAUCCAGCAUUUUUAUCAUAUUCGUAUCGUAACUAAACUAAAUGUAAUAUUACUGACAUUUUACCAUUAUACAAUCCUAUCUUAUUGAAUGUAUUUAAAUCCAUAGAAAAGAAAUAGUUAUAAUAAUCGGUGUUUCAUAAAAUAUAUCCAGUCACUUUAAAAUUCAGUAUUUUCUUAACAGUUUAUCCAUAGAAUAAUGUUCUUGUAGUGUCACGUCAUAAUAAAAAGUGAAACAGCGAUAGUUUAUCGCGCGAUAAAAACUGCAUCGCGCGUGAAAUGCCACGGGGGCCGAAUCUGAUUUAUAUUGUAGAGUGACUUGUCUUAUAAAAUUGAGGUUACUAUUUUUUUUAUAAAUCUUUAAGACUUCACUUUUGUUACCACUGUUUUUUGCGAUGUAAAUAAAGUACUUAUUGUAUACUGUCCAAUUUUAUAAAAGGCGUUAAAGUUUGUUUUGUUGUGAAAGUUUUUCCUCGAACACUGUUUCUUGAAAUAAAAUUAUUUUUUAAAAAUUA